AUGGAUCGGUUCCACGACGGCCAGCACGUGCGGCUGCGGAGCCGCGUGAUCGGCAAGUACCUCCACGCUGACGACGACGUCCAGGGCGUCUCCCUCCGCGCGCGCCGCGCCUCGAUGAACCAGGCGUGGACGGUGCACAUCUACAACGGCAACGGCGUGUACCUGCUCCUCUACAGCGCCACCUACGGCCGCUACCUCGCCACCACGGCCACGCGGGCGCCGCGCGGCCACCGCGGCUUCCGCGCCGGGCAGCGCGACUACGACCAGACGGAGGUGCAGGCCAUCAUGUGGCGGGCCGUCAGGUCAGGCUUCGGGGACGACGUCCUCCUCCGCGACGCCGGCGGCCGCUACCUCCGCGCCAACGGCAAGUACCGCCCCUGGAACACCGGCGUCACCGUCGUAGCCAGCGACAACGUCAGCGCCAUGAUGUACUGGACCGUCGAGCCCAUCCCCGCCAGAGACGGCACGCCUGGCCUUCCAGGCCCGAUUCAGAGCCCCCCUCCGACGAUUUUCUGGCGCGAGCCGGUGAUGUGGCGGCAGAUCCGGUACAUGGUGUCGGAGCCUGACGGCCCCGUCUACACCCAGUACUGCUGGUCCACGUUCCAGUUCAGGGGGAGGUCCGUGUUCCACCUGAGGAACGAGCUGGCCAGGCACACCCGCUUCGUCCUGGAAGGCCGUCGACCCUUCGACCUCGUAAUGUGCGUCCAAGCCGGCCGCCACGGGCGUCUGACCCCGCUCUUCGUCGACCUGCCCCGCGGCGACCUCUUACGGACCUUCUGGAUUGUCGUGUUCCUCUCCGGGACCCCAGUUUGCUGA